AUGCCGGUGUUGCGAACAGAAGCAGAGAAAGAGCAGGAGGAAAAGAAGGGAGCAAGACAGGAGCUGGAGGAGGAUAGCUUGUUUAAAGGAGUGUUUCUAGAAGACGCCAAGAGUGGAAGAGCGAAAUGCCCUGCGUGCCAGGAAAAAAUCCCGACAGGGGACAAGCGCGUUGGGGUCGACACGUUCCGAGGAGGUCGCUUCGUGGUGUCAUGGCUUCACCCGUCGUGCUUCCUCAAGAACACUCUCUUCGACUACAACAAGAGUGGAAGAGGCAAGUGCAAAGUCACCAAGUCUGAUUUCAUCAAAGGGCAGCUGAGACUGGGCUAUCGCAAUGGCAUGGAAUCGUACGGAUACGCUUGCAUUGAUGGCGCUGCGAAGUUUCUCCCUGAAAUCCUAGAAGCAGAUCAGGAGUUUCGUCUCGAGGACGUCAGCGGAUGGGGAGAACUGAGUGAGGCCGAUCAGAGCUUGAUCCAGAGCAAGUUGGCUCCGGAGGUUCAGCAGAGCGGCAGCAAGAGGCAUGGGGGCGCGACAGAGAAAGACAAGGGAGGCAAGAAAAAAUCCCGAAAGCAGUGA